CUAAUCUGACAUUCCCAUCCAUUCAUUGUUGUAGCUAUGCUCAGCCCUUGAAAGAUUUCAAUCACAACCAAAAUAUAUUCGACUCAACGUCUACCUUCUCCUCAUACAAACCAACUCAAAAUGGUCUGCUCAACCGAACCUACCGCUUUACUAUCGCCUCUCCAUAGAGCAGAUGGUUCUGCUAGCUUUUCACAAAAUGGGUAUACUGUUAUUGGUGCUGUAAACGGUCCUAUUGAAGUUCAGAGACGCGACGAAUUACCAGAAGAAGCAGCUAUAGAUGUUAUUGUAAGACCAGCUGCUGGUGCUGGAGGUUAGUAUAUCCCAUAGGAAUAUUUUUUGAAUGAUGGAUCUGGGACUGAUCGUGUCUUAGGUACCCGGGAGAGACAUCUUGAAGCAAUCCUUCAAUCCUCUUUACGCCAAAUAAUACUCAUCCACAAUUUUCCACGAACCCUUAUUCAGAUCACUUUACAAAUUACAAGCACCCCAGAAAAUGAUACUGCUUGGUCCAAGUUGGUGCAGGCCAGCUCGGUAGGUGUACCUCACUUGUUCUAUAAUUAACUUAUUAAUGAUCAUUCAGAAUCUUCCUUUACUCCCAGCCCUCCUUCAAACAUCGGUUCUGACAUUAUUAUCUGCUUCUAUACCACUAUCUAUGACCCUGACAUCGGUUUUACUUGCCUUGAAGAACACUGAGAAAGGCGCGACUAUCACAGAAAAUCCUACGCCUCUCGAAUGUCAAGAUGCGGCUUCGAUUCAUGUAUUAGCAUUCACUUCCCACGGGGAACUUUUGGUCGCCGAAAGUGAGGGAAAUUUUGAUAUGGAUGAAUGGGAGGAAAUUUACGAGCAUGGAAAGGGCCUAUGCUGUAGAGGUCACGUAUCGGCCGAAGAUGAUAUCAUGAUUGAGGAUGAGCUUGAGAAUGAGGCAGCUUCAAGUCUCAUGAUGUUCGUAAAAUCUGCAGUACAAGAAAAGGUUGCUACCGACCUUCAUUGGAAAGGUUGAAAACGAGCUAUCAAUUUUACCGCUGUCGUCCAAACUUGGAUCGUAGUGAGGUUUCGUCUCGGCACGGGGAAGCCCACAUGUGAAGAUGCAUAGGAAGGCCGGUGCGCAUAUCAAAACGAAUCAUGGACCCAAUGUGGGUUGCCAUCAAAGACUAUUCUUCCGAGUGCCAAUGACGAGGAAGACGUGAGCAAUAAUACAUUUGAGGCAUUAAGGAUUUGUGCAUCGGGUGUCUGAUACAAUGUGUCAAGGUCCCCGAUUAUCCUAAGACGUUUCAUCCUCCAUCGACCAUCCGAUAAAGGUAGCCGAUUCAAAAAGUUCGACAAUUAUUACGACUCGAACCAGGCGACGAAACUAGGAGUUACUCAAUUGCAAUUUCAGAUUUUGCGGAGAAACUUUGGACUUCUUUUGAGCACUCCUUAGCCGCAAAGUGAUUAGACGAAAUUUAUUAUGUCUACUGAUGACUUGUCAAUACUGAGAAGUUCUCACCUGCGAAUUCAACAACAAAUGGUAUACCCCUUUCGAUAUUACCA